AUGAGCGACUUCGGUCAUUUCGGCUCCGAUGAGGAGUACGCAACUGUGCGCAAGCACAAUGCUGAGGUGGAGUCCGACCCCGAUAACUUCGAGCACUGGGAGAACCUCAUCAAAGCUUGUGAGACAUUGGAGGGUGGCUUGAAUCGCAACUCAAGCCCUCAAGCACUAGCGACCUUCCGCGAUGCCUACGACAGAUUCCUCAUUAAAUUCCCUCUGCUCUUUGGGUACUGGAAGAAAUAUGCCGACAUGGAGUUCAACAUCGCCGGCCCCGAGUCUGCUGAAAUGGUAUACGAGAGAGGGUGCGCAAGCAUCACCAAUUCUGUCGACUUGUGGACGGACUACUGCUCCUUCAAGAUGGAGACAACCCAUGACCCACACCUCGUCAGAGAUGGUCUCGGUCGACAUAUCCGCGAGGGCUCUACACUCUGCUAUCAAAAGUGUCUGAUGGUGAGAUAUGCCUGCGAUAGCCCCUUUAGCCGGGACGCUUUCUCACGCUCCCUGCCAGGCUCUGUUGAUGCUCAAUCCGUGCUCGUUCCAAACUCCAAAGUCGUCCUUGCACUCUUCGAGCGAGGAUCAGCCUUUGUGGGACUCGAUUUUCUUGCCCAUCCUUUCUGGGACAAGUACAUUGAGUAUGAAGAGCGUCAGGAAGCACAAGACAAAAUUUACGCCAUCCAUGCACGAAUCAUUCGCAUACCAAUGCACCAGUAUGCCCGUUACUACGAGAGGUUUCGAUCGCUAUCGCACAAUCAACCCAUGACAGAGGUGGUGUCUGCCGAGACUGUCUCACGUUUCAGGGCGGAGGUCGAGGCUGAAACAAUCGCUUAUGGCGGUGGUCCCAAGGCUGAGCUGGAGAUUGAGCGCGAUGUUCGUGCAAAGAUUGAUGCCAUGUACUACGAAAUUUUCACCACGACGCAAACUGAGGUAUCAAAGCGCUGGACCUACGAAUCGGAGAUCAAGAGACCCUACUUUCACGUUACGGCUUUGGAACACAAGGACUUGGUAAACUGGCGCAAAUACCUGGAUUUCGAGGAAGCUGAAGGUGAUUUCACACGAAUCGUGGCGUUGUAUGAGCGAUGUCUUGUCACAUGUGCCUAUUACGAUGACCUCUGGUUUCGAUAUGCCCGGUGGAUGAGUGGUCAGGAAGGCAAGCAAGAGGAAGUUCGCAACAUCUAUGCACGUGCUUCGACGAUGUUUGUGCCUGUUAGUCGACCAGGCAUCAGACUGCAAUGGGCGUACUUCGAAGAAAGUGCUGGUCGAGUUGACGUUGCUCUUGACAUUCAUGAGGCAAUCCUUCUGAGGCUACCAGACUGUGUCGAGGUCAUUGUGUCAUGGGCUAAUGUCCAGCGACGGCAGAAUGGCCUUGACGCUGCUAUCCAGGUGUUUAAGGAUCAGAUCGAUUCUGCUACGGUAGACGUGUAUACCAAGGCUGCCUUGGUUGCAGAAUGGGCUCUUUUGCUCCUGAAAGCCAAGGGUGCGGUGGAAGAGGCUCGUGGAGUUUUUGUGAAGAACGUGCAGUGGUGUGCGGACAGCAGGUUAUUCUGGGAUCGAUGGUUCAACUUUGAGCUGGAUCAGCCAACGAGCCCUGAGAAUGAGGCUCAACAUAGCGAGCGCAUGAAGAAAGUAUUCGACGAGCUUCGAGAACGAAGCCGACUCUCCCCGUCGGUCAAGAAGGACUUGACCCAAGUAUAUCUAACGUACUUGAUCGAGAGAGGUAACAAGGAUGCCAUGAAGGUAUUCUUGCAAAUCGACAGAGAAAUCUUUGGGCCAUCGUCGGUAGCCAAACUUUCUACUGGCAGCGGCAAGGAGAAUGGGGCUGCAAAGGGAGAGCUGGACGAGGCCAGCAACCAGAGGGCCGAGGCCCAGUACUCUCACUUCUACGAGACUCAUGGUGAACCAGACGCGGAUGCGCAGGGCAACGCAGACUUCAACUGA